AGUGAAACGGUGCCCAGCGACGUGGACGCGAGCGCAGAGAGCCUAGCCACCUCUUCUGUGUAACGCUCGCAACAUCAAUUUCAUCCCGAUUACUAUUCAGACGCGCCUCUCUUACAUACAUGGUACCUUGCCGCAGUAGCUCCCGCGCGUGUAGACGAGCAGGCGAGUAGACGAGCUGGAUUACUGCCAAGCGCAGGGCUGGAGCUGUUCUCCGCCCACUUCGUUCCGCUCCGCCAGGUCGAAGCACCAGCCGAAGCUCGACCUCAACGCGCCGCAGUCGCGAAACUCCAGACACCCUCUCACUCCACAUACAACACCGCCAACACCGCCAACAUGCCUGACGUCAAGCGCUGGGUCAAGAUCAUCACCCACCAGAAGCCCAUCGAUGGCCCGUCGCCGGUCGAAGGGUUUCCCAUGCGCUCAUGGGACAUCGAGAUCUGGCUGCUGGACGACCAGGGCAACGAGGUCCUGCCCACCGUCUACGAGAAGGCCGUCUACAACCUGCACCCGUCCUUCGACAAGAACAAGCAGACAUUCAAGAAGCCGCCGUUCCGCAUCGACGAGCAGGGUUGGGGCGAGUUCGACAUGACCAUUGUCCUCUCGGCAGUGCACAAAGGCGGCGAGCACACACUGAGCCACGACCUCAAUUUCCAGUCCGAGCGCUACGAGGCCAAGCACCAAGUCACCUUCCGCAACCCCAAGCCUGAGCUCCUUGCCCUCCUGCAAGACUCUGGCUCCGCCGACGCAAACGGCGUCCGCGGCAAGGAUGCCUCGAAGAAGAAGGCCAGGCGCGACAAGGCCGUCGACAUGGAGAAGCUGGCCGACGGGCUGCAGAAGCUGAGCGAGGACGACCUGCUGCACGUCGUUACCAUGGUGCACGACAACAAGACAAGCGAGACGUACACUAAGAACGACGUCGAGAAUGGAGAGUUCCAUGUCGACCUGUACACCCUGCCUGACUCGCUGAUCAAGGUGCUAUGGGACUUCACAGCAAGCAAGACCGACCUGUAAGCGUACAAACACGUGCCUCCAGGUAUGCUAACAGAAAUGCGAUGCGAGCAAGCUCGGACUCCAAUGGCUGAAAUGGCCGCGGACGCCUAUGGAAACAUGGCCAAGAUCGUUCACGCACAGGAAGGCUUCGAGGGCCAUGUGAAAUUCAGCCACACGGAUGCCUCUUGUCGGAGGCUGGACGUACCGCGAGAGCGGGCGGAGUCGCACGGUCUACAGCACAUACAGCUUUGAGCUUCUUGAUUAUGCACAUAGCACCCCGUGAGG